GUCCCAUUCGCUUGUUCCGGGCCCGGGCGGCGCCAGUCUGGGCGCGAGCGUUCGAACCGGGCCGGCGGCGUUGCUAUGGGGACGCGGCCUAGUCGCGGCUGCCAGAGCCUGCGUGGGGCGCGAGUCACGAGCCUGCCGGGCUCUAGCCCCGGGGAGGGCGGGAGCGGUGCUGCCCGCAGAGCUUAAAUUGAAGAUGGCAUCGUGUCUGUACGAAUGCCUUUGUGAGGCAGAACUUGAAAAAUAUUAUCCUCAGUUUGUUGCCCUUGGCCUUCAGAAGAUAGAUGAACUAGCCAAGAUUGCCAUGAAAGAUUAUGCCAAACUAGGGGUCCAUAACAUGAAUGAUCGCAAGCGCCUCUUUCAACUCAUUAGAAUCAUCAAAAUUAUGCAGGAAGAAGAGGAAGGCGCAGACACACCCAAGCAAGAUUUUCAACCAUGUGACCUCUACAUCCAACCUCAGGUGACCAGGUCAGGUCCUCGUAGACAACUACAUUUUGAGUCCCUCUUUGAGAAAAAGGAUGGAACAGGUAAAGACUGUGAACUUGAAUUGCAGAGUUUCUCUGAUUUCUGUGCUAACAAAGAGAAGGAAAGUUUGGUGGAAAUGUUAGGACAUGUUCUACCAGGGGACUCAGAGGACAAUAAAAUAACCAGAAGAGACAUCCUGAAUGUUCCUGGAACAUGCACACAAAAUGAACUGGACUGUCCUACAAUAUAUUCAUCAAAUAAUAUUGCCCCUCUAUUGGGGGAUUCUGAAGCUCCCAUCAUACAAAGAGUAACUCAUAUUUCCGGGUAUAAUUAUGGACUACCUCAUUCUUGUAUCAGAUCUAGUACCGCCGAGAAGGAGAUGCCGUGGACAGAGACUGACAAAAUCCGAGUGUGUGUCAGAAAACGCCCGCUGGGCCUGAGAGAGGAGCGUCGGGGGGAAGUUAAUAUCAUCAGAGUGGAAGAUAAAGAAACUCUUCUUCUCCAUGAGAAGAAGGAGGCAGUUGAUCUUACCCAGUAUAUUUUGCAGCAUGUUUUUUAUUUUGAUGAAGUCUUUGGGGAGGCAUGUACCAAUCAGGAUGUGUAUAUGAAGACUGCUCACCCCCUCAUUCAGCACAUUUUUAACGGAGGCAACGCCACUUGCUUUGCAUAUGGACAGACUGGUGCUGGCAAGACUUACACUAUGAUAGGGAGCCACCAGAACCCAGGACUCUAUGCACUGGCUGCUAAAGACAUCUUUAGACAACUAGAGGCAACCCAGUCAAGGAGAGAGCGCCGUGUAUGGAUCAGUUUUUAUGAGAUCUACUGUGGACAGCUUUAUGACCUGCUAAAUGGAAGGAGAAGACUUUUUGCAAGAGAAGAUAGUAAGCAUGUUGUACAAAUAGUUGGCCUGCGUGAGGUUCAAGUGGAUACCGUAGACCUACUAUUAGAGGUAAUUUUGAAGGGUGGGAAGGAGCGUAGCACUGGGGCGACUGGAGUCAACUCCGAUUCCUCCCGUUCUCAUGCUAUCAUCCAGAUUCAGAUUAAAGACUCUGCAAACAGAAUGUUUGGGAGGAUCUCUUUCAUUGACUUGGCUGGCAGCGAGAGGGCAGCUGAUGCCAGAGACUCAGACAAACAAACAAAAAUGGAAGGAGCAGAAAUAAACCAAAGCCUUUUAGCUUUAAAGGAAUGUAUUCGGGCUCUGGAUCAGGAACAUGCUCAUACUCCUUUCCGGCAAAGCAAAUUAACUCAGGUACUAAAAGAUUCUUUCAUUGGAAAUUCUAAGACGUGUAUGAUAGCUAAUGUGUCACCUAGCCACAUAGCUACGGAACACACCCUGAACACGUUACGAUAUGCUGACAGGGUAAAAGAACUGAAGAAAGGGAUUAAAUGUUGUACCCCUGUCACAAACAGACGUCGGAUAGCUGGAAAUGUAUCUCCAAAACGUAUCCAAAACUCUCCUUCCACGCAUGUGGGAGAUAAGAGCUCUCCAAAGAAAGUAAAACUAGGACUCCAUCAUCCUUUAAGUUCUUUGAGAAUAAAGGCAUCCCCUUCAGUGUUCCAUCCAACCAAUGUCCCUUUUUCCUCUACCCCAAAAGGAGCCAAGGGUCAUGCCCACAAAGGAAAUCCGAGCUCACCCUGGCUCAAUCACACCAGUCCCAUUAAAGGAAUGCUAAAGAUAGGGCAUCAUCCCAUGAAGAAAAAGAUUGACGAUCUGACACUGCCAUCUGAGAAGCAUCAUACUGCAAAAGAUUGUGUGGCCGCUACAGCUGCAGUCCCAGAGACAAGAGAGAGUGGGCAAGGAGAUCAUUGUAUUCGAGAUAAACAGCUUGUCAGAUGCCUGAAAGUACAGACCGUGCAACCUGUACAAAAACAGCUCAUUUCCAGAAACGGCUUUUCCUUUGGAGAUGGAAAUCCCCCAUCAGACAGCAGUCAGCGCUCUGCAAAUGUUUUCACCAAACAGUGCAUUGAAACCUGGGCAAAUCUCCCUCCACAUCAGAAAGAAAGGGAACAACAUUUGCGCCUUUACCACCAGCAGUUUCAGCAGCCACCUAUUCUACAGCAGAAGUUGAACUAUCAACCACUUGAGAGGUUUUUAGCCCAAUACAAGCCCCAGGAAAUUAGAGUUAAACAAGACCGGAGCCUUCCUGCCACGGACUCCCAAUGCAAAGAGGGGAUGCUGCUGGAAGACCUGGACGACAGUGAUUUUAGUGAAGACUCUUUCUCACCUAUAUCCAACCAAAGGAAAGUUAAAAGAAACACCAGUGAGAGCAGCCAACUUUCAUUUUUCCUUCAUCAGAGAGAACAAGAAAGUGAGGAGGAGAAAGGCCGAGAGAGACAGGGUUUAUUUUUCGAACAUGCAACACAUACACAAGAGCAUGAACUUAAUGACAGCUGGGACUAUGGGAAGGGCUUUGCAUUUCCAGAACCGGGGGAGCCCAUUAUAGAUGGAGAAAGUAGCAAGACUCAGUCUGACUGGAGCACAGAGGAUGACUUCACUAUUGAUUCUUCUGUGAACAAUAAUACUGCAGAAAAACCUUAUUGCUUGCGGGAAGAACUUGUCAGUACCUGGAAAAACAGCAAAGAUUUACCCCCUGAUCACAAACAAUACAAAUCCGAAUACAGACAUCUAGUUUAUCCCGGUGAAAGCUCCUCAUUCCCAGAAAAGGGGACACAAAGUUCACAUGUUCCCCACGUACUGGAUUCAGGGACUACAAAAUGCAACAAGAGCAGUCUUCCACGUGCACAAAGGGAAGAAUCCAUCAAAGACGGACAAGCUCCAGUUGCAGGAAACUUAGAAGGGAAGAAACUAAAAAAUGGAACUAGCCCCUGUGGAGCUUUUAAUACUUCAUCAGAAUUCACUUCUGAGCUGAUGGCCCCUCUGACAAUGUCUCUCCUUGACAGUGAGGAGGCAGCUGAUCAAGAGAACAUCCUUUCUGAUCAGGAAAAGGCUCUCCAAGUGAAACAGAUGUUGAAAAGAAAAACCUGUAGCCCCAGCAAAAGAUUAGAGGGAGAGGCCAGGCAGUUUCCUAGAAAUAAAGCCUCACCAACGGGCAGCAUGCCAGAGCUGGGUGAACAAAUGUACCACGGUGAAAAGAAGUCCACUCUGCAGCACUCCCCACAAACUGAGAACAAGCGGCUCUCCCAGUCCUGUCGUGAUGCAAAGCCUUCUUGUAGCCUUGGAGGUUCAUCUCCAUGGAACACCCAUCAGAGUUCUAUUAAUGGUUUAUCUGUCCGAGAUGAAGACUUGACAGAAGCAUCAGCAUCCGUGAGAGUCAAAAACCCUUGUGGAGAGAAUGAAGAUGAAUUGUUGCUUCGUAACUUAAAGUGCAGAGAAUACCUGGAUAACAGCAGGCAGUAUGAUGCUGAUACUGAGAAUACCACUGGUAGCCUGUUGAGCGGCCCAGAAAAAUCUAGCAUGGGUAAAGGACCCAAUGCUGGGCCCACGUCUCAGACUGUACAUGCUGAUUUGCCUGAAAAGGGUUAUUUUUCAUGUGCACCAUCCAUUCUGAAUGCAGGAAGAGUGGAGUGUACAACUUCAUCCCCCUCCAGAGAAAGCAGCCCACCGCAGUCCAGAUCAGAAUUCAGGAGCAAGGACUUGAACCAUGCUGAAGAUACAUUCAAGUUGUCAUUCAGUGGUGAGGAAAUAGGGCUGCUUAAGAAUAAACUGAUGCAAAGUAUUUUUACACAAGACUGUUUUGAUGCUGCAGAACAGGAUUCAAGCUCCGUUACCAAAGAGAUCAGAUCAUUAGCAAAUCAAAACACUCGCCCAAAUCCAUCCAUCAUUAGCGCCCAGAUUGAUACGUCAGAAACAUCAAACCGGCACAGAGAAGCCCUGGGAAAGGCACAGCAGGUUGUGAUUCAAGCCCAUCGAGAGCAGCUGGAUGAAAUGGCAUCCCUGUGUUUUAAGGAAGAGACCUUGAUCAAUCAGAUAUCGGCAGCAGAUUUUGAAAAGUAUGUGACCAAACUGGACGAAAUCCUGAUGCUGAAAUCAAAGUGUAUCCAAAGCAUGCGAGCCCAGCUUCAGCUCUAUUUAGCCUGGCCCGAGACGGAUGCUACCCUGCAACGAACUACACCACCUUAGUCCGCUUCGGAUUGCAUUCAUCCCACACGGACUAGUUCCGGCAACACAUGCUCACUAUUUCCCCACCGGGGUUAGGUUCCCCUGCAGCAAGGGAGGUGGUUAGUGUCAAGUUUGGUGUUUCUGAUUAACAUAUAUUUUAGAUAACGGCUGAGAGAAAUGUAAGUCAAUGAGAAAUCUUUAUAGAUCUGGUUUGAAGCCAGGGGCUCUGCAUUCCCAGGUCCAUCCUUCUAAUAGGAAACCAUAUGCUUUGAAGCAAUAAUUCUGUCGCCUUAAAAUGCACACUGCAGCAGCAGGAGUCCCCGGGUGAGGUUUUCAUACUCGCUCCUCUCGUUAAAGGCACUUGUGUGCUGCUGAGAAAAUGACGCAAAGGAAAACCCUUUGAAACCAGAAAAGUCUGAAAAGAAAUAUUCCAGACUUACAAGAACGGUUUUAAGAAGCAAGUGAGGAAAUGAAGGGGAACAGCUGUUUGCUGGAGUAAAAUAACCAGGCAGGCGUUCAAUGAAAAUCUAGUUCGAGCCAGACUGGUUUAUAGUUUCGGAAGAACCAAGGAGGUGGCUACAGUCAGUCUGUGCCUGGUACUAACAUUGCAGACCUAGUGCAAGGAUGCUUUAAGUGAUGGACAAUAAAUGACUUCUUAGAAGGCUCAUGUGCAGGAGAACUUGCACUGAAAAUUCACAUGCGGCUGCCUGUAUUGAUUUUACAUUGGUGCCAGUUAAUCAGAGGAUCUUGGCCUAGUGGCAAGUGGGAUGGCUGUGGGUCUGUCCACUGCUGCAGCUUACGCAGUAGUACAGUUCUCCCAUUCAGAUCAAACUGCAGAACUGAUUUCCCCCUCAGAGCCAGCUGCAAAAUAUCACCAGCUUGUUGUGUUUGGGUUUAGACACUCAUUAGCCUCACUAUUUCCUGAAGUUGGCUGCUGAAUCCCACGCCUCAGAGCCAUCAACUAGAUCCCUCCACAGAUACAACGGCCAGGUCUCUGACGUCCCACGUUUGCUCCACACAGGAGUAUACCAGCUUAAGCCAUAAGUGACCUUGAAGAAUGUGCAGCUCAGAUCAUGUACUCCAGAAACUGAACACAUUCUAAAAUCUAUUCUCAGGGGAAUCUGAGUUUAUAAAGAACUUGGACAUAGGCAAAAGGGGCUUGAUCAAAAUAUUGGAGUUAAUCAUAAAUGUCAGGGGUGAAGUAACAGUGUAUCCUCUGAGAAUCUGAAACCAUAACUGCACUGGAGCCUGGGCUUGUGACAGGCAGUAGUACAGUAACCUUUCAGCUAGACAGACAGACAGUGUUAGCUAGUGGCUUGGGGCUCUGCAAAGGUAACCCCUGUGCAAAUGCUCCUAGAAACUUUACAUAUAACAAAUGCUCAGGAACAGAAUUCUAAGGCAAGAAAUAUGCAAAGCAACCUUAAAUUCAGAAGUGAUCUUUCAACGUUCUCUGACUUCCCUUGCUGUCAGAUCUCCCUCUCGCAACUGGCUGGCUUAUCUCUGGGAGCAGAGAGGCUGUAUUCCAAGAUGUGAGGAGUUAAGGUUUUUCAUGUAUUCAGAUUACAAGCCAGCAUCAAGUCACAGUUGAAACCAGCAGCUCCAGGAAGCCAGCCAGGUUGCCUUUGCCUCUUAGAAGGCAGCUUUCACUCCUCAGGGAAAUGAGGCAUUCGGACAUGGAGCGAGAAAGUACCUGUUUUAUAUCCUUUAAGCAUAAUACCUUGCCAUGUACCAAGGCAGACAUGUUUGAUAGUCAGUAGUCAAGGGAAAAAAACCUGGAGGAACAUGGAUUUCCUUACACUAGUCCCUAGGUGGUUCUAAUUACGGAGUGGUAAGAGGAGAGGUGACACUGAGUUUCUUUGGGAAUUUUCCUUUCAAAUACAUGAUUGUUGGAAAGCCCUUCCCCUCCCCUCCAUCCCUUGUGGGUCAGGAAUGCUCAGAGAGGGGCCAAGAUACAGCAGACAGUCUAUCAUUGAACGUUCCAGGACUGCAAGCAGGUAGAUACUGACAUUCUACAAUAGCGUCCAUAGCAAGUUCUUAGCAUAUUUGCAGAAGACAAAGCUUGGUGGUGGAGUGCUGUGGCUAGCAUGCAGGUUAGGCAGGAGGUGGGAGGGAAGUGUGUGCAGCGGUCACAGGAAGAGGAGAGGGUUCCUCUGGGCAGAUGGUUAUAUACAGAGCAGGAAGUGAGCACCUGCCAAGGCGAAGACUAGAAGCAAGUGGCAGGACUCUGUGUCUUUACAUUUGGGAAGCAGAGGGGCCCCAAAGGCACGCAGGCAGGCACAGGUGAGUAAUAAAACCUCCACAUACCAGGGAAAAGAAUUUUAAAGAAAGGCUCAGCAAAGCAAAAGCCUGAAAAUUCACCGGGAGAAGGGUUAGCCAUGUUCCUCCGGGAUUAUUUAAAAUGGCCAUUUCUAAGUGGGUGGCCGGAGAAGAACCAUUUGUGACACCAGUUGCAUGAAAAACCCAUUGAUCUUACCUCACUAGUUUUCCAGGAUGUAUCAGUGACAAUAUGGAUGAGCGAAGCAGCCAUCCGUCCAGGAGGUGGGAGCCAGUUUGGAUACAGGAUUUUUGCACCUCAGCUGAAUGUAAGCCUUAAAUGCUCUCAGUGCUCAGUCUUCAGUGUUGUAUGAAAGGGAUUAGAACUGGCACAUUUCAGCCUAGCAAACCCAUUUCAAGGAGAGUUCACUGAGCAGAGCGUGAUUCUCCCUGUACAUUUUAUGUUAAAAGGGCCCCCAAUAACUUGAAAUCUAGGCAGUUUUUCAAAAGGAGUUAACUCCUCUCAGGUACUCCAUGUGUCCUUGGGUUGUGGUGGCACAAUCUAAUUUUUCUACUUAAUAUUUUUCUUGCCUGUUACUGUGUAAGAGACGCUCAUAAACAGGAGAGGAAACUAAGGCACCAACCCUGGAAACACAUGCACGCAUUAACAUUAAGCACAGCAGUCGUGUGUUAAAGGCCCACUUGUUUGGAGAAUUGGAUCCUGAGUACAGAGAGGAAACGGUAAUAUUGACUACACAAGCUGCUGUCGAAUGCACUAACAAUAUUUCUCCCCUCCAGUCUUUCAGUUCUGUUACUUAGAUGUUGCUUUAAUUUGUGUGCAGGUUGGCGUCCUGUCUAUUACAGUGAAGUCUGAGCGAGAUGGUUUUCAUUUCAGAUUGAUGAAUGGGGUGUGUACGGUUUAUUAAACAACCUGGUUGUAGGAAGAGCCUGACCAUGUAAAAUCACGUAAACUAAGAACUAAAAUGAAUUCACUUUUGAAUUUGAGUGCAGUGAGUGGAUGCUAGCGUGCAGGGCCGACUUUUGGGUUGUGCUUAAAUGUACUGUAUUUAAAUUAAAAUUCUAUUGACUACCAAA